AUGGUGGCAGAUAUUGUGUUUGCAUGGAUCACCAGAUGGUCCCGGACAGCAUCUUAUAUAACUGGGGGUGUAUACUUGAAGCCCCAGCUACUGGAAGGGCUGUUUCAAUAUCUCUCGACAGUAUUUGCAGCUGAUUUGCAUUGUCGUAGCUUUUUACAACUUCCUAAGCCUGUAGGGGUGGAUUUUCGUGCCUCGUGCUUUUGCCACAAAAAUACAAUUGAUAUGGGCUACAUAUGCUCUGUUUGUUUAUCCAUUUUCUGUAAGCAUCACAAGCAAUGUUCAACCUGUGGGUCAGUUUUUGGUCAGGCCCAAACUAAUGUUGCCUCAGGAUCAGAUCGUAAGAGAAAGACUACUGAGACGUGAUCUAACCUAGAG